GUGGGUCCCAGCUUGCUGCCCCAUGGAGUGUUGAAAACACAAGACCAAGCUGACACCUAUCCGGUCAGCUGUUUGAGUCAAACUCAGAAUAAUUUAAAGGAUCACAAGGAAUUCAUCAACAGUACGAUUCAACGUAAACCAUCGGCACGUUACAAAAUUGCUAGCUUGCUACCUUCAUGUACCCAGCUUUUCGCUAGCUAACUAGCACGAAUCAGCAGGCUAAUCGAAACAACUUGUUAGCGUAGGCAUUUAGCUUUUGUAGGAUUUUACAAUGGGAUCCAGAGCGUCGACAUUACUGAGAGAGGAGGAGAUUGAAGAAAUCAAAAAGGAGACCGGCUGUAAGUUGAAUUGUCCACGUUUACCAAUGGCUGUUAACUAGCUAGCUUGUUAGCUAGCCAACGCAGUGCUAGUUAACUUGCUAGUUAGCCUUAUUGGCUCAGUACUGUAGUCUGUAGCCAACUAGCAAUUCUAUGACAAACUCUCACUCUAGUUUAACAAAAAGGCGCGUUGUUCCACCUAGCUAACUAUAUUGUUGCUAGUUAGAUUAGUGUUGUGUUUGUACAUUAUGCAAGUACUAGUUAGUGUCGUGAAGUGUUAUGUUUUUCUACUGUCCCUUGAAAUGACCUGAGCAAAGACAUGUAAUUAUUCUGGUGCCUGGGUUGUCCCUAACCACUACAUAAUAACUACAUAGGCUUUAUUCCAGAAGAUCACAGCAAAGAAACAAACUAACGUUAGCUACUGACAUUAAAUUACGAACAAACGUUGUUGAAAAAAAAAAAGACUAACUAUCAAUUUCCUUCUCAUUUACAUUUGAGUAUUAUUAGCUGACGCUCUUAUCCAGUGCGAUUUAGUUAGUGCACCCAUCUAGGUGAGACAACCACACAUAGUAAGGACAUUUUUCCUCAAAGUAGCUCUCAGCAAAGUCAGUGCUAGUAUGCUACGUUAUCGUACUCCUUUGUAUAAAGAGACCUGAGGCAUUUAGAAGCAUAAUCCCAACGAUGUUGUCACUGUGUUUGUUGGCAGUUUCCCACAGCCAGAUCACACGGCUCUACAGUCGCUUUACCAGCUUGGACAAAGGAGAGAACGGCACGCUCAGGUACAGAACCGGCCCCAACAGCAGCACUGCCGCUGGUGUGAUUAUAUUAAAUGUUUUGAUUUUAAUUUAACUAAGUCAGUUAAGAACAAAUUCUUAUUUGGUCCUCUGUAGCUCAGCUGGUAGAGCACGGCGCUUGUAACGCCAGGGUAGUGGGUUCGAUCCCCGGGACCACCCAUACACAAACAAAUGUAUGCACGCAUGACUGUAAGUCGCUUUGGAUAAAAGCGUCUGCUAAAUGGCUUAUUAUUAUAUUAUAUUUACAAUGUGUGCGCUUCGUGAAACACUCAGUAACUACUGAAACAACCAGAAGGGAGAAGGUUCAUGGUUCAUGGUUACCCUUCUUCCCUGCAUUGCAUCUGCUGUAACACCAUCAGAUCCUACUGGGUAAUGUGCAAUGGAAUUGUCCUCAUGCCAGUGAAUAUCGCUUAGAGGCAAGUGACCAUUUCCCCUACUUAAAAGUGGCAAUGGAAGGAUAUUCUGAGCCCGGUGUGGUUUUGAAAUUGAGUGCACAUUUAGACGUUUGUAGCCUCCGGUCUGUGAGCAGUGCACACGCGACUCCCUUGGCCAAAAGCCUUUCCUCUGGGCUCAGGCAUAACCUACAGUACCCACACUAGUGGUGUAUUUGCCACUGGAUAAGAUGUCUACAUUUUACAUUUGAGAUUUUAGUCAUUUAGCAGACGCUCUUAUCCAGAGCGACUUACAGUUAGUGAGUGCAUACAUUUUUCAUACUGGCCCCCCGUGGGAAACGAACCCACAACCCUGGCGUUGCAAGCGCCAUGCUCUACCAACUGAGCUACAGGGGAACAUAUUUUUUUGACCCGGGUGUCCGUCUAGUCUGACAACACUGUUUGCAAUAUCAACAGCAGAUUUAGUGCACGUGUGACCUCAAACAUUACAUUGCAAACAGACUAGAUAGACAGUCUGAUUGCUCUCAAUGUUCCUUUCCUUCUCAAUGUUCCCUCCCUCUCUGACCUUCAGAGAAAACGGUCUCCUUUAAUCACAUCUCUUUUAUCUCUCUGAGUGGGUUCUAACCCUCUAUAAGGAAGAAACUUCCUAGAUUCCAGCCACACAUUUAACCAGUGUCUUUGAAGUGUUACUACUGACUAUUAAACUGGGUGGGGGUCAGUUUCAGAUCACUAUAUGAUAUUUAACAAGGUAGAUACAAAACUGUAAACACUGGAAUGUAGACAGUCUACUUUCCUGUUUACAUAUAACCAGUGUGGGUUCUGUGGCCUCUCACUGAAGCAUCCGGUCUGCAUUACGGUAUACAGUGGGGCUGGGCAUGGCUAAAGCUGGUCUGGUGAAUCCAAGGUGACUUGUCUUAAUAAUUAAUCAGUUGACACAACACUACAGCCACGUCCACUCCCCUGGGCUGAAUGUCUCACCCCGCACACUCUCAAUGUCGAGCUGACUGCUCAAGACCCAGCGAGCCGCACCGUUUGAAUCAAAUCAUACGGCCAAAGGAAUCAUUGUCAUAUCAUCACAAUAUCCAGUGUCAUAUCGGUGAUAUCUGGUAGUGUGAUGUGGGGACACAUUCUUAGACUCUCUAAGAGACUAUAGUCCAACAUUCCCUCUGUUGUCAUUGAGUUAAUCCUAACUCUCUUCACCUUGUCUGGUUUCUGUAGUCGUGAAGAUUUCCAGCGGAUCCCAGAGUUGGCCAUCAAUCCUCUGGGAGACAGAAUCAUCAAUGCCUUCUUUCCUGAGGGGUGAGUCGUCUCUGUGUCCUUUACGGUCGUCUCUGUGUCCUUUACGGUCGUCUCUGUGUCCUUUACGGUCGUCUCUGUGUCCUUUACGGUCGUCUCUGUGUCCUUUACGGUCGUCUCUGUGUCCUUUACGGUCGUCUCUGUGUCCUUUACGGUCGCCUCUGUGUCCUUUACGGUCGCCUCUGUGUCCUUUACGGUCGCCUCUGUGUCCUUUACGGUCGCCUCUGUGUCCUUUACGGUCGCCUCUGUGUCCUUUACGGUCGCCUCUGUGUCCUUUACGGUCGCCUCUGUGUCCUUUACGGUCGCCUCUGUGUCCUUUACGGUCGUCUCUGUGUCCUUUACGGUCGUCUCUGUGUCCUUUACGGUCGUCUCUGUGUCCUUUACGGUCGUCUCUGUGUCCUUUUACUGUUUUUCCUCAAGGGUACACACUGCACAUAGCCGUAAGUCACACUUACUACAAGAACCGUUUAGUAAUACAUUAAACGUACGUUAAAUAUUAUUUUGUUGGAACAGGGUUACAAAUGAAUGGUUUGUGUGUAUUUGACAAUAAAUAUUCAAACGUUUAAGACAAACUGCACAUUUUUAAGCUAGUUUUUGUAGACAUGGUGGUUCUGGAUCUUUGAAAUUGACAUGAAAGUUCCAUGAUUUAUGGAUCGGCCUGUAUCAUUACACGACCAGUGUGUAGGCGACUUGAUUUUAGCUGUGGCUUAUAAUGGUUACUGGUCCUCUGGAGUCUGGCGCUGGUCUGGUUUGGAGCAGUUUGUGAAGAGAGUUGUUGAGUUCCACCGCAGAUUGUAGCAUUAUAGCCUGGUCCUAGAUCUAUUUGUGCUGUCUUGACCACUUGUGUGGUUAUUUCCAGCAUAGAAUUGAGUAAGAAGGCACAAACAGACCUUCAACUAGGCUAGAGCAUGCCUGGAGGACAGACGGGGAGCUGUUCAAUCAGGACACGAGUCUUGUUGUCUGCAGUAAUUGACUAGCUAAGACUUUUGCGAUUUUGUGUGACCCACGCACGUCCGUGUCUCAGGUUAGGCUGAGUCAUGCGAGCCAGAAUGAAUGGCCUGGUAGAACAGGGUCACAUUGGUCUGAGGUGUACUGACCUUGAGUCUUUAACUAGUGACAUGAAUAACUGUUUUUACUGGAUGGCUAUGGAGCAAAUGAUACAGAUGAAGCUUUCACUACCGUACCUUAGAAAUGACCCUCAUUCUAUAUGUAGGCCUCUGUUAUAGCCUACCAUUCUAUAUGUAGGCCUCUGUUAUAGCCUACCAUUCUAUAUGUAGGCCUCUGUUAUAGCCUACCAUUCUAUAUGUAGGCCUCUGUUAUAGCCUACCAUUCUAUAUGUAGGCCUCUGUUAUAGCCUACCAUUCUAUAUGUAGGCCUCUGUUAUAGCCUACCAUUCUAUAUGUAGGCCUCUGUUAUAGCCUACCAUUCUGAGGGAUGGUUGACUGAAGUCAUUGUUAUUUGACUGUGAUGCUGGAUUGUUGAUGGGGGGGGGGUAAGUAAUUGUUGUUUUCCCCACGGUUGGUCGGACAGGGAGGACCAGGUUAACUUCCGGGGCUUCAUGAGGACGCUGGCUCACUUCCGUCCCAUAGAGGACAAUGAGAAGAACAAGGAUCCCCACCGCCUCUGAACCUCUCAACAGCAGGACCAACAAGCUGCUCUGUAAGUCAGAGACUAGGCCCUAGCCUGGGUCCCAGGUGCGUUUUUGUACUGUCUUGCCAACUCCUUGUCGAGAUGGCACAAACAGGCUAGGCACAACUAGCCUGGGUCCCAGAACUGAGUUGACUGUUUCUCUAUCCCUCCAUUGUUUUAAAAAGCUAGUCGGUUAAGACUUUUUUUUUAUUUUUAUGAUGGAAAUUUGAAAAUGCAUUUUGAAACGAUGACUUAACGUUAAAUUCCUCCAUCUCUGCUCCAGUUGCUUUCCAGCUAUAUGACCUGGACAGAGAUGACAAGAUCUCCCGGGACGAACUGCUACAGGUGAGGGUUUAAAUGACACAUUUAAGUAUUUUUUAAAAUGUUUUUGUCAUUGGAGAAUGAGGGCUUUACUGUUGUGGAGUAUGUAUCAGAAGGAUAAAUACAUUGGACCUACACUAGAGCUGAAUAACGAACUCUAAGGCAGACACUCCUUUUCUCUGCUUUUGUUGAAAACAGAGAGACUUUUUGUCUUAGGUUUGUCAUUUUUUCAUUUUAGUCAUUUAGCAGACGCUCUUAUCCAGAGCCACUUACAGUUAGUGAGUGCAUACAUUUUUCAACCUCCUUCCUCUUUCUUCUGUAUUCUCUCAUUGUAUCGGCUGGGCAGUGCCCUAUGAAAUAUUACCUGUGUGGGCAGUGCCCUAUGAAAUAUGACCUGUGUGUCCAGGUGGGCAGUGCCCUAUGAAAUAUGACCUGUGUGUCUAGGUGGGCGGUGCCGUAUGAAACCUGUUUAUCGGACUGGGACGUGCCCUACAAUCACUGUUAUCUCUGGAUUCGAUGACUCAGGAGAAGCUAAUCUCUUGUUUUGAAAACAAAAUGGCUGCCUAAUAUUCUUUAUAUCAUGCACAUGCCUUGAGCGCUUAUUCCCACAUUAACACUGGAAUUUCAAGGCUGAAUUAUUUUUGCACCCUUUGUUAACAGAAGUCUUUUUUUUUCACUUAUACUCAUUAUUUAUGUAUACUACAUUUAGGUCAUCCUGUACUUUACAGCACUGGUGUUAAGACUUAGAACUGUACAUUUUAGACCCUAAGGAACUUUGUCAACAUAUUCCAGGUUUUUUAGAAUGAUGGUUGGCGUGAACAUGUUUAUUCCAGGUUCUAAGAAUGAUGGUUGGCGUGAACAUGUUUAUUCCAGGUUCUAAGAAUGAUGGUUGGCGUGAACAUGUUUAUUCCAGGUUCUAAGAAUGAUGGUUGGCGUGAACAUGUUUAUUCCAGGUUCUAAGAAUGAUGGUUGGUGUGAACAUGUUUAUUCCAGGUUCUAAGAAUGAUGGUUGGCGUGAACAUCUCUGACGAGCAGCUGGGCAGCAUCGCUGAUAGGACCAUCCAGGAGGCUGACCAGAACGGAGACAACUCCAUUUCCUUUAAUGAGUUCAUCAAGGUUGGAAACUUACAUUUGUAUAUUUGGGAACGUUCACUAAUACCUGACCUAGAAUCAGUGGUGACAGGCAGUUACUUGGGGUACUCCCUUGGUGACAGGCAGUUACUUGGGGUACUCCCUUGGUGACAGGCAGUUACUUGGGGUACUCCCUUGGUGACAGGCAGUGGCUGAGAUAGCAGAUGUUCUGACUUUACACACUGCACUCUUUGAGAGAGGUAGUUAGCGAACCAAGCCAAAGACCCCUCAGAGACACAUUUACAUUUUAGUCAUUUUAGCAGACGCUCUUAUCCAGAGCCACUUACAGUUAGUGAGAGCAUACAUUUUCAUACUGGCCCCCCGUGGGAAACGAACCCACAACCCUGCCGUUGCAAGCGCCAUGCUCUACCAACUGAGCUACAGGGGACACCAAUACUCCUUAGCCGGCCGACCAAGAAUGGAAUGGUCUACCGUAUCAAAAGCUUUGGCCAAGUCAAUAAAAAUAGCAGCACAACAUUGCUUAGAAUCAAGGGCAAUGGUGACAUCAUUUAGGACCUUCAAGGUUGCAGUGACACAUCCAUAACCUGAGCGGAAACCAGAUUGCAUACCAGAGAGAAUACUAUAGACAUCAAGAAAGCCAGUCAGUUGAUUAUUGACAAGUUUUUCCCAACACUUUUGAUAAACAGGGCAAAAUAGAAAUUGGCCUAUAACAGUUAGGAUCAGCUUGAUCUCCCCCUUUAAAUAAAGGACGCACCGUGGCUGCCUUCCAAGUAAUGGGAACCUCCCCAGAGAGGAGAGACAGGUUAAAAAGGUCAGAGACAGGCUUGGCGAUGAUAGGGGCAGCAACCUUAAACAUAAAAAAAAAAAUGUUUAGUCAUUUAGCAGACGCUCUUAUCCAGUGCAUUCAUUAUUUUUUUAAUUUUUCAUACUGGCCCCCCGUGGGAAUCGAACCCACAAUCCUGGCAUUGCAAACGCCAUGCUCUACCAACUGAGCUACAUCCCUGCCGGCCAUUCCCUCCCCUACCCUGGACGCCGCCCCAUGGGUCUCCAGGUCGCGGCCGGCUACGACAGAGCCUGGAUUCGAACCUUAGACCACUGCGCCACUCGCAGUCAUCUGACCCAGAUGGUUUUUUGGGGUCAAGUUUUAAGGAGCUCCUUUAGCACCUCGGACUCAGUGACCACCUGCAGGGAGAAACUUUGUAGCGGGGGGAAAAGAGGGAGGAGCAUCGGGGCUAGUCGCAUUAGAAGGGCUGGGAGAUUAGGAAAUGUUGGACGGGCAAUGAGGCAUGGCUGAGUCAAAUAGGAAUCCUGACUUAAUGAAGUGGUGAUUUAAAGAGUUCAGCCAUGUGCUCCUUGUCAGUAACAACCACAUCAUCAACAUUAAGGGACAUGGGCAGCUGUGAGGAAGAGGGUUUAUUCUCCAGGUCUUUAACUGUUUUCCAGAACUUUCUUGGGGUUAGACCCACAGAGAGAGAACUGCUCCUUAAAGUAACUAACUUCGGCCUUCCAGAUAGCCUGAGAGCACUUAUUUCUCAUUUGCCUGAACGAGAGCCAGUUAGCCUGAGUAUGUGUGUGCCGAGCCUUUCGCCAAAUGGAAUUCUUGAGGUGGAGUAACUCUGCCAGAUCACGGUCGAACCAGGGGCUGAACCUGUUUUUAAUUCUCAUUUUCUUUAUGGGGCGUGUUUGUUAACAAUACCACUGAAAAUAUAAAAAAAGAAGUUCUAAGCGUCUUCGACAGAGGGGAUCAAGCUGAUUCUAUACCAAUUUACAGAGGCCAGGUCAUGAAGGAAGGCUUGCUCAUUAAAGGUUUUUAUCAAGCGUCUAUGACAAAUCAGGACAGGUCAUUUCACUGAGCAGCCAUUACGAACACAGGCUGUAAAACAGUGAUCACUAAGGUCAUUACAGAAAACACCAGACUGAUACCUAUCAGGAUUAUUUGUGAGGAUAACAUCAAGGAGAGUAGCCUUUUCUGGGUGUUUGGAGUCAUACCUUGUGGGAUUGGUUAAUAAUCUGAGAAAGAUUUAAGGAGUCCCAUUGCUUUAGGACUUGGUCAGGUGGUUUAAGCAUGUCCCAGUUUAGGUCACCUAGCAGGACAAAUUCAGACUUAGUGUAAGGGGCCAGGAGAGAGGUUAGGGCAGGUAGGGUACAGGCCGGUGCUGUGUAAGGGGCCAGGAGAGAGCUUAGGGCAGGUAGGGUACAGGCCGGUGCUGAUGGAGGACGAUAACGCCCAGCAACAGUCAACAAAGAGCUAUUUGAUAGUUUCAUGCUUAAAAAUCAGCAAAUCAAAUUGUUUGGGGACAAACUUGGUGGAGACAACCGAGCCAUGAAGGUGUUCCUUGGUAAAGAUUGCCACUCCACCACCUUUGGAAGAUCUGUCUUGCCAAAAAAGGUUAUAACCAGAAAGGUUAACAUCAGUGUUCAAAACACUCUUUCUUAACCACGUCUCAGUAAUGACCAACACAUCUGGAUUGGAGCUGUGAACCCACACUUUCAAUUGAUCCAUUUUAGGUAAGAAGCUUCUAGUGUUAACAUGCAGAAAGCCCAGGCUUUUACGAGAGCAGGAAUCAGUGAAGCAGAUAUCGGAGGACAAGUCAGAAUUGGGGCUAGCAACAGUAGACGGACCAGGGUGUACAUGCACGUUUCCAGAUAUCAUCAGCAGUAAUCCAAUCAGGGCACGGCAGAGGACAGGGAGGAGCGCUGCAGUGUUGAUUUUAUGACAUUUUAAAAUGUGCAUCAGAUGGCAACAAGAUCAUAUUGUACAACAAUUUCAUCGGGUAACAUGAAUACAAAGCUGGCGAGAGGUGGUUAGAGUAGGAUGGGAGGCCCAGAGACCGUGGAACCAAUAGAGAGUCAGAGUCCCGAGUGUAGUAACAAACGCCGUCUGUCCCACGGGCGGGUAAACGAGGAAGGUCACAGUCAACAAAGCACGCAGGAGUCAUGAGGCAAAUGGCAAUAAAACACAAGGAAACAAGUAUAACGACCUGGGGCCAGCCAUGGGAAGUUCAGAGUCUCUCGCCCCAACUGGAGGACGACCUGGGGCCAGCCAUGGGAAGUUCAGAGUCUCUCGCCCCAACUGGAGGCUCGGGAGAGAGGGGAGGGGGGGGUGUGGCGGGGGUACCUGACAGGGGGAGACGGGACAGGCCAGGGCAGGCGGUAAACAGACCGCCAGGUGGAAUCCAAGCAGCAGGGGCAACAGGAGUAGGUGUCACACCCACUUGGGAUAAACUUUUUCGGGAGGCAGAUUCCUUGUAGGAGAUGCCAGCGAGCUACGUCCAAACAAAAGUUGUCCUGUGGCUGUUGUAUUUUGGAGAUUGCGAGGAGGAUAUUUUCUGAUGUUAUCAAAGCAAAAAUAUUGUUUCUUAUUGAUGUAAUUUACAAUUGAAGUGUCCUGGCUACAUAUUGGGGGGGGGGGGGGGGGGGGGGGUCUCCCCUGAAUGAGACAAUAUUGAUGGUAAUGUUGAGGUUAUCACUGCAGGUGUUGAUGGCCUUGUUAGACUGAGGUAAUGUAUCGGGUUGUGGUUAGUGACCGAGGUAAUGUAUCAGGUUGUGGUUAGUGACCGGUGUUGUUGAUGUCCUCCUCAGGUGCUGGAGAAAGUGGACGUGGAACAGAAGAUGAGCAUCCGCUUCCUACACUGA